AUGAGCAGAGCUGGGCCAAGUCCCACAGCAGACCCGGGGAGAAAGCUCCAGCCCCUCCCAGCCGCCGCGUCCCGCAGCAGCCCCGGGGCGGCGGCGCCGGGCACGGAGCGGUCCCGGUGCGACCGCGGCGCAUCCCCGAGCCCGCCCGGCUCGGCCGCCCUCGCUGAGCGCCCCGAGCGGAGGAGGGCGGCGGGGUGGGACCCGCGGGGCUGCGGGCUCCGGCACGGGCUGGCCCGGUGUCCCACGGCAGCAGGGACACGGGAGCCGGGAGCUGCCAGCAGCAGAGGGCAGCCGGGCUCCGGGCUCCCGCGGCACCGGGGCGGCCCCGGCGGGGGCGGCCCCGGGCGCGCCCGGUUAAAAGGCGGCACGGGCGGCGCGGUGGAGGCACAGCGAGCUGGGGCAGGACGGGACCGGGCGCUGGGAUCUGCUCUCCCUUCAGGUGCAAAGAUGGGGUGCUUCACCUUUAUCAAGGUCAUGAUGAUCCUCUUCAACCUGGCCAUCUUUCUCGUGCCUACCUGGAAGCUGACAUUGCCUUUCUCCUCCCAGCUCAGUGGCGGGACCCUCCUGGGAGUUGGCAUCUGGGUCAAAGUGGACGGAGAGUCAUUCCUGAAAAUAUUUGGGACGCUCUCCUCUAGCAUCCUCCAGGUUGUGAAUGUGGCUUAUCUCCUCAUCGUCAUUGGUGCCAUCCUGCUGGUGAUCGGCUUCCUUGGGUGCUACGGUGCCCAGAAGGAGAGCAAAUGUCUCCUGAUGAUGUUCUUCUCAGUGGUGCUGAUCAUCUUCAUUGCUGAAGUUGCUGCUGCCGUGGUGGCUCUGAUCUUCACAGGUCUUGCAGAGACGUUACUGACAGGUCUGGUGACCCCGCUCCUGAAGGAGAAGUAUGGGAAUGAUCCCACAUUCUCAGAGAUCUGGAAUAUCACCAUGACAGAGGUUCACUGCUGUGGCCUGAAUAAUUACACAGACUUCAACAACUCCUACUUUUAUGAUACAUACCACGGCUACCCCGGGCAGUGCUGUGGCAUAGGGGCCACCAACCCCUGCAACAGCACGGUGGCUGCAGAAAUGGCUGUCAAGGGCUGUUUCAAACAGAUCUUGGAAGAAAUCAGGACCAAUGCAGGAGUGGCGGGCGGCGUGGCAGCCGGCAUCGCUGCCCUGGAGAUUGCCUCCAUGGCAGUUUCCAUGUACCUGUACUGUCGGCUGGAUGAGAAGUGACCCCCUGAGGCAGGAGGAUGACCUGCC